AUGGGUUGUUCAACCGGCAAGUCCUGCGAAGGCUGCUCCUGCAGCAAUGACGCCACGAGCCAACCUGUGCAAAUCGAAGACUGCAUCAACGAGCUGGCGGCGCUAAAACGGCGCAACCAAGAGCUUGAGACGCGCCUUCAACUCCAGCAGCGAAAUGGCGCACCCAACAUUGUUCGUCAGCCUGGUCGAACGCUCCGCUCGUCGGCUUGGUUCGACUGCCGCAGUAACCCCGGCAUGACAGCCAUCUACAUGGAGCGGUACUUCAAUUUUGGCAUCACACGUGAAGAAUUGAUGUCCGGCAAGCCGAUGAUUGGAAUUGCGCAGACGGGUUCGGAUAUUGCGCCGUGUAAUCGUCACCAUAUUGAGCUGUCGAAGCGGGUGCGGGAGGGUAUUCGGACGGCUGGUGGGAUUGCGUUUGAAUUCCCUACGCAUCCGAUUCAGGAGACAUCGAGACGUCCGACUGCAACGCUGGAUCGGAAUCUGGCGUAUUUGAGUAUGGUGGAAGUUUUGACGAGUUAUUUCCUUGAUGGUGUGGUUCUGCUCACUGGGUGUGAUAAGACGACGCCUGCUUGUCUUAUGGCUGCGGCGACAGUUAAUAUCCCAGCUAUCUGCAUGAAUGUGGGUCCUAUGCUGAAUGGCUAUGACAAAUCUACUCUGGUGGGAUCGGGCGCGGUGCUUUGGAAAGGAAGAGAAAUGUAUGCCGCUGGCCAGAUUGACGAACAUGAAUUUAUGGACUACAUCUCGCGCUCAACACCGUCAGUCGGCCACUGCAACACAAUGGGAACAGCUUCUACGAUGAAUGCCCUGGCUGAAGCCCUGGGCAUGGCUCUGCCAGGUUCAGCCGCCAUUCCCGCCGCAUACCGCCAUAGAGCGCAAUGCGCCUAUGAAACCGGCAAGCAGAUCGUGGAGAUGGUAGAGGCUGAUCGCAAACCAAGCGACAUCCUCACCCGACAAGCAUUUGAGAACGCAAUCGUUGCGAACGCCGCAAUCGGCGGAAGUACUAAUGCGCCGAUCCAUCUGAGUGCGAUUGCUCAGCAUGCCGGCAUUGAACUGAACAUGGAUGACUGGGAUACGAUCGGCUCAAAGAUACCCCUGCUUCUGAACAUGCAGCCCUCUGGAGAGUACCUGGGAGAAGAGUAUUUCCGCGCUGGUGGUCUCCCGGCUAUCAUGGCUGAACUUCUCGACCAGGGGAAAUUGCAUCAGGAUGUUCUGACCUGCAACGGAAAGACGAUGGGUGAGAAUGUCCGCGGAAAGCAUUCUUGGGAACGUCGGGUUAUUCGUCCUUAUGAUGAUCCGCUGAUGAAGGAUGCUGGAUUUAUCAAUCUGAAGGGCACAUUGUUCGACUCUGCGAUCAUGAAGACUUGUGUGAUCUCGCCUGCUUUCCGAAAGCGAUACCUUUCCAAUCCCGAUGACCCGGAGGCAUUCGAAGGCCCAGUCGUCGUCUUCGACGGACCGGAAGAUUACGAAGAGAGACUGGAAAAGCUCCCUCAAAUUGACGACCAGACGAUCCUCGUCAUGCGCGGUGUUGGCCCGCUGGGUUACCCAGGUGCUGCAGAGGUCGUCAACAUGCACCCUCCAAGCAAGUUGAUCAAGCAAGGAAUUGACGGCUUGUUCUGUAUUGGCGAUGGAAGACAAUCGGGGACGUCGGCAUCUCCCUCUAUUCUGAAUGCUAGUCCCGAGGCUGCGGCAGGAGGUAACCUGGCUCUGCUGAAAGAUGGUGAUAGGCUUCGCAUUGACUUGCGAAAGCGACGGGUUGACGUUCUGAUUUCUGAUUAUGAGCUCCAGCAGCGACGGAAGGAUCUGUCAGGGGGAUAUCCGUUGGUUCCUUCCGGGACGCCCUGGCAGGAGAUCUUCCGUCAAGAAACGGAUCAGCUGUCGAAUGGAAUGGUGUUGAAAAAGGCUGUGAAGCACCAGCGUCUUGCGCAAAGAGAGCUAGCGCCAAGGCAUAACCAUUGA